GCGCCGUCUUAGAAACCGCGCUGUUCGCGACGAGCAAGACGCACAACACACAACACAACACCCUCUUCCUCCCUUGUCCUCAAGCGAGCACAUCAUCACGCUGACGCUGACGCUGACGACGACGAGGAGCAUGGCGACGCUGGCCAAGGCCAAGAAGGAGAAUGCCCGGCUGCGGGCAUCCACGAAGAAGGCCGUCCAAGACCGGCGGGCCAAAUUCAAAGGUGAAACUGUGCCGGAUGUGAGCAACGACUUGGCGCCAUACACACAGCUGCCAGUUCAGGAGGAAGUGAUUGCCUCGAAGGAAGUCACUUACGAUGAAGGCUGGACGUACAAGACACGCCGCACCAGCUUCGCUCCCAUCGAGCCGCACCAGGCACUGCAGCUGGAAGAAGAUAACCCAGAUACAUACUCGCCGCCAGUGGCACGGCGUCGAGCGUCCAUGCGACGAAUGUCCAUGCAACGCACCACCAGCCCGGCACACCGAAGCCGCAGCCAAUCACCACGAAGGCCACCAGCGCAGACUAUAUUGGAGAAUGAGUCAUUCCCAGUUGAGUCGAGGUUUGCCGUGUGGUGCAAGGCCAACCUCAAACCCGUCCUGGACUCCCUCACGCUCGAAGACAAACACACGUCCGGGCAGCUGCCGGUCGACAAGGUCGUCACCACCAUCCUCGCCCUCAGCCCGCCGCUCACAGAAGCGGAGGUGCGGAGUUGCGUUGAUGGGGAGCACGCGGCGGAGGGCAGCGUUGUCCGUGAAGGUGUCCUCGACUACGACAAGUGGAUUCACCACCAAAAAGUACUUGCUGUGAAAGAGGAGAACCGCGUUCGUCGCACGUCCCUCCCCACCAUCCCCAUCCACCUCCCAAACCUUCCCAAGCACGCGCCAACAGUCGUGGACUUUGUCACCCUGCCGAAAGUCAGGGAGCAAGUCAAGUCGACACAGCAGAAGAUGGAGGAGAAGAAAGCAAAGGAAGAGAUGAAGCGAACAAUCGCUCAACUCGAACGCGUCGCUUUCCACAAGGUCAAGUCAAAGCCAAGCCGAGAGAAGCUUGAGCAAGCGUACGUCACAUACAGCGGCAACCCACGCAAGGCGCGCAGAGCCCUGCAGAAGUACAAGCAAACGCGCACAUCCCCAAAGAAAUCGCCGAGCAAGUCGCCGACAAAGAGCAGAACACGCAACGGCACCAGCACCAACGGUGAUGGUGGUGGUACCAACGUGAACGGAAGCCACUCCCCUUUGGCGAACACCCGCGGGCGAUCAGGGCAGCGGGACCAAGACUUGCAGCAGGAGCAUGGUGAUGAUGCCAGUGGUCGUGCGGGGGAUGAUGCAAAGGUAGUGACUGAAAACGGUGCUGGUGGGAAGGAUGGCGGAGAUGCACAAGCGCAAGCAUCUCAGGAGCAGUGAGUUCAACCGAUGGUGUCUGUGCCUGUGUUUGUGUGUGUGUCUGUGUGUCUGUGUGUCUGUGUCUGUGUCUGUGUCUGUCUGUCUAUGUCUCGUACAUUUUCUCUGUUCCCUUCUUUUCUUCUUCUCCUCUUGUCCUCUUCUCUCUUCUAAGUUACCUGCAUCGCUUUGAAUGUGUGUGUGCGUUCUGUGUGCUUGUGUGGCGUCCGGCUUGGCUGUUGCGUGACACUUGCUGUGAUACUUGGCUUUGACAGUGUGUGCGAAGCGUGUAUUGUCGUGUACGCAAAUUGGAGCCCAGUGUCGUGUGUGGUGAUGACAACAAAGCAGAAGGAGCAACACCCUCUUGUGCAAUGAACGAAAACAACGUGCAG